AAGCGAGAGAGUUGCCUACGCUCCUUCGCGGCUCCGGCUGGAGGAAAUUCCGCGGGGGCGUGGUGAGGGACGGGGGGGCCGGGCCGAACCAGGCGCGUUUAUCACCCGGUUCCCACUGUCUCCGGACUCUCUCUCGGAGCGGGACAGCACGGGGCAUGUUUGAGAAGAUCGCCGAGACGAGGCGCGCUCGGUUGCCGGCGGAGGAGAAGGAGGGAGGAGAUCGGACGGCGGUCGGGGACGGCGGUCGGUGCCCGAGCUACGGGCAGGUGCUGGAGGACGUGAACCGCCUGUCCCACCUGCUGGGUCGCUUCCUGCAGGCGGCAGACGGGCUGGUGAGCGCCACCGGGGCUCGGGCGCUGCGCCGGACGGGCUCCUCGUCCUCCGCCCUUCGCCGCCCGGGACCCCGCCGGAGUGUGCGGCUCGACUCGGGGGCAGGAACCGGAGCCGGGGCGCAGGGCGGCAGACGGUCGGAGGCUGAGACGGAGGAGGAGGAGGAGGAGGUGGGCGAGGGUUCGGCGGAGCACCAGUGGAUGGUGGCGGCGGCCGGUGGCGACCUAGGGCGACUGGCGGCUCUGCUGGACAGGGAGCCCGAUCUCCUCAACAGGAGGGACCCGGUGAGCGGGCUGACGGCGGGCCACUGGCUGGCCAAGCGGGGCGACCACGGCGCGCUGCUGGAGCUGGUGCGCCUGGCCGAGAGCCGCGGCUUGCGGCUGGACCUCAACAGCCGGGCGGGGGGCGGCGGUCACACCCCCUUGCACCUGGCGGCCAUGCAGGGUCACCAGAUGGUCAUCAAGCUGCUGGUCGGCGCCUACAACGCCGACGUGGACGCCCGGGACUACGGCGGCAGGAAAGCCUGGCACUACCUGGGCAGCGGGGUGCCCAGUCAACUCCGGGAGCUGGUAGGUGGGCAAAGAGAAGAGCCCCUGCCCGGGACAUCAACCCAGCCCCCGCAGGAGGAGGAGAACCAGGCGGCAGACAAGCCCCAGCUCCCCAGGAUGGCCUCGCUGCCGAGGUUCUUCCAACCCAGCUACUGGCGUAGGUGGAAAACGCAGCGCAGCAGAGACUGAGAACCCGGCAUUUCCAUAGCACCAGCCACGUCCCCUUGGCCGGGACGCCCCAGCGCACUUUGCACCCGUGGUGAUUCGUUGCAAUGGAGGGGUGGCGGCCGCACAGCAAAAGCUGCCACAAGCAACAAGUGAUCCAACGAACAUUAAUGUCCAGCGCUGAAACUUGUGAUCGGCGUGAAUGUUUUCCUAAAAUGUGUUCAGAAGCACAAUUAUUUGUUCUCGGGAUCUUGAUGAGUUUUAUUAAAACUUUUAUAAAAUAAUGCUUCCCAUUUUUAAAUGGUGAAUGUAUUCAGAGAAGCGUUUUACUUUAAGAAUCCUUGCACAAUGAGAUGUCGCAUCUAUCCAUACUCCAAUAAGCAACUCUGUGUUUUGGGAGUAAUACAGGAAUACCUUUUUGUUUCUUUUUUUACGUAAAAUUGAUAAAGAAGGAAAAUAAUUGAUCUGGUAUCUUGUGAUGUUAGUAACUGUGUAAUGAUGGCAGAAACAGAUGUUACUGAAUUGAUCAGAUCUAGUAUUUAACCUUGACUAUAUUUAUUUUCAGUAUGUUUUCAAAAAAUUCUAUUUAAAUUUCACUUCAUUGGGGAACUUUUGUACCAUAAUCUCUAUUUUGUACCAGAAAUGAGUAUUUUACAAAAUUUUUCAA